CUCGUGAUGACUUUUAUUUUAUGAACGAUGUGACAAAGUAAACACUAGAUGGCGGCAUGUUUGGCUACAGGAAGAGGAAGUACCAAAGAAAAUUGGAAAACACCAUGACAAACAGGCUGAAUCCGCAAUCUACGUCGUUGUGAGGCAGUUGGUAAGGUGUAGAUAUUUAAUGCGUAGGUUUGAUGCGUACUAUCAAAUGCCCAAAGGGAGCUCGAUAAGGUGCUAGAGGUAUCCAGUACACGUACCGUUUAAGAAACAAGAUCAUCUAGUUAUAGAGGUGAAAUCGAAAGGAAAGGACUAUGCCGUAGCCGUAGGUAGGUGUAAUUUAUCAUCGGUUGACUUCCUUUCCCCCCUCUGUUAGCCAACAAUAGAAGGACAAACUGUAAUGUAAAGUCUCCGAAGUACUCCUUGAAACACCACAUUCAGGUCGAUUGCGUUGCUAAGUUGACGUUUAACAACAAUGGCGGAUAGUGUUGGAGAGGGAUCCAACGGUGCCAUUGGUUCAGCCGUAGGAACAAGUCAGGGCAAUGGAGCUCAGUUGUUGCCGAGUUUGGGUAAUUCCCUGCCGGGGCACUCGGCGAGUGGUGCUAACCCGGCCUCGCCGCCUCCUGCUGCGGCCGCAGAAACUGGCCUAGCCGUAAUGGAUCCAGGUGUAGCGGACUCGAUGAGCCCCAUGGACACCGCAUACGGCAGCGGAGUGGAUGUUCUGACCACAGCCAUGAACUCUGCCGUCUCACCCCCCUUUCCCGUGCAUCCCGCUCUCCCUCCAAGCAUCGGGCUGGGGGUCACCGGAGCCCCGAAUCUGGCCGGAGCAGGCCUGCUGUCGCAAAUACACGCCACAUCUUGGGACCCCACACUCAGCACAGACUGGGACAACGAGAAAGCAUCACAGCAGUGCAUUCUCAGGAUAAAAAGAGACAUCAUGUCCAUCUACAAGGAGCCUCCACCAGGGAUGUUUGUGGUGCCCGAUCCGCAUGACAUGACCAAGAUCCAUGCCCUCAUCACGGGGCCGUUUGACACGCCGUACGAAGGCGGUUUCUUCCUCUUCCUGUUCCGCUGCCCCCCGGACUACCCCAUCCACCCUCCCCGCGUCAAGCUCAUCACCACGGGACACAACACCGUGCGCUUCAACCCCAACUUCUACCGCAACGGCAAGGUCUGCCUCAGCAUACUCGGUACCUGGACUGGUCCUGCGUGGAGCCCUGCUCAGAGCAUCUCCUCUGUGCUCAUCUCCAUCCAAUCCCUGAUGACGGAGAACCCCUACCACAACGAGCCCGGCUUUGAACAGGAGCGGCACCCGGGGGACAGUAAGAACUAUAACGAGUGUAUCCGCCAUGAGACCAUGCGGGUGGCAGUGUGUGACAUGCUGGAGGGCAAGGUGCCAUGCCCAGAGGCACUCUGGAGUGUGAUGGAGAAGUCUUUCCUGGAGUAUUAUGACUUCUAUGAGGGCGUCUGCAAAGACCGGCUACAUCAGCAGGGACAGAACAUGCAGGACCCCUUUGGUGAGAAGCGGGGGCGUUUCGACUAUCAGGGCCUGCUGGCGCGCCUCAGCGCCACCCACCGGCGGCUGCGUGAGAAGUGCCUCUCGGAGGAGAACGAGGGCGACUCGGACUCUGACACCAGCUCCUCCGGAACGGACCCCGACAGCCAGGGCAGCUCCCAGCCUUAAGGGGGCGACGGCGAGCCCGCGGAGCUGAAGAGGGCGGCCAAGCAGCAGAACUGCAUCGCGCACAGGGGCCAUACUAUAGUGGCUCCGCGUUGACUUGGCAACCUCUGAACUCUGCAGCUGUUUGGUUGGUUGGUUGGUUGUUUUUUGUUUUUGUUUGUUGGCCACCAAGAGCCAUGGCACCUCCCAGCCAUAAGGGGGUGCCAUCCCAUAGGGACCGACCGAGCAGCGGGACAGGACACCAUAGACAUAGAGGGGUGGCUGCCACAAGUGGUGGAUCCAUGUCCUCAACAUCGUCUUCUCCUGAGCCUUCUGGACACUGCGUCUGGUGGGUCGGACGCCCUCUGGACACUGCGUUUGGUUAGGGUUGGCUGCUUUGUUAUUGUUUGUUGACUGACCCCUAGCAGUCGUAGGGCAGCAGGGAAAAGAAGGAGGUGGUUAUGACUGCAAGACAGGGCAGCACACAGGAGCCCCCUGCUGGUGCUCCUCUGCCCUCGCGGUGCCCUCCUUCUUCUUGUUCUUGGACUCUCUGCUUGUUUUGUUUUCUGGUUGGGUGUUUCUUGUUUGUUUAUCGCGUGGACGCUUCCCCCGUGCAGGCAAGGGGCGUAAUUGACGAUGAACUUAAUGGGGCUUUUGUGGGGUUCUUGUUUCUCUGUUUGUUUGAUUGUUUAUUUGUUUAUUAAGGCACUGAAUUCGACAUGCAACAUGAUUCAUCUAAUCUAGAACGAAGUCUGCAAAGCCUACAAGAAGGCUCCAUUGCUGCCCAUUGGCCAGUGACCUGCCUUCUCUUGUGUUCUAUUUGCUCGUUGGAAUGCCAGCAACCAAUCAGGGGCAGGAUUUGAUGGGAGGAGUGAAUAUGAAGGGGUGUGGUCUCUGACUAGAGUGACCUAUCUUUUUUGCCUUUGUUACUGGUAGAGGUAACUAAUCAAUAUGCCCCAUUUUCUCCCACCAUUUAGUACAAACACACACGCACACACACUCUGUGUGCAUUCCAAUAUGUGGACUUCCGUCCUCCACUUGUGAUUGUGGCCUCACAUUUUGCUGCUUGCCCCGCCACCGUGGAGAAAACAAUAAUGUUUCCCCGCUGUCAGCCUAGCCACGACAAUUUUUGGGGGACUAUUCGUCAUUCACCAUCACCAUACCCAUUGCAAAUGAGGAAAUGACUUUAGAAUGGUGCUUUUGCAAGAUAUUGAAAUAAUUUUCUCUCGUCGCCGACGUCAUCAUGAGGUCACAAGCAGCAGGCAAGUGAGCAAGGGAGGACGGAAGUCCGCGUAUUGGAAUUCACCCUCUCUCUCACACACGCAUUCUCACACACGUACACACACAAAGACUCGCACACACAUGCAACAUAUAUGACGACACGUGCACUUGCAUUCCUUGACUGAAACAUGCACUCUGACACACAGCUCUCAACUGUGUGCGUAUGUAAACCUAAACACUCAUAAGCCAGUCCAUCUUUAAAAGAAUAAAAAAAUUAUGAACCAUA